AUGGCUCCCAAGGUCAUUGAUAAAAAGCUUCUGAAAGAGAUUAAAGCAUCUAGGGAUCCAGUAAGUGGGUCUUCAUAUCACAAGAAGCCUAGGAUGUCUUCUCCAAAGCCAAAGACAUUUGUUUCUAGCCCUCCAGCAUACCCUAUGAUCCUAUCGUGCUCCAAGACACCAUCUGGUACAUUUUUUAUGCUUCUUGUUAAUUCAUUAAGUGCUAAGGUUGUUAGGGAUCUAGGUCUGGACUUUUCAAUAUAUAGAGGAACACCCUAUUCCCUUGAAUUUUUUGAUAAUAGCAAGAUUCAAACUAUCCUUAAAAUGAGGUCUAACUAG